GCCGCUCUGAAGCUUGCGCAAAACGAUCUGCGUGUGCGCGCUGCGAUCAAACCUGUCGGCCGUGUUGCAAGGAGAGAUACGUGGCGGUUGAAGGGUGGUAUUUCGGGCUCUCUUCUCCUGCAGCCUCUUCUUUCCUGCGCACUCGUGCGGUCAUCGCGUCUUCGCCAUAUCGAGCGCUUCCCUGCCCCCACCAAACGAGUCUCAAAAUGCGCCGUUCUUCGGCGCAGUUGUAUAAAAUCCCGAAGAACAUGGGCGUGGCGCCGCGCUUUGACACCUGGAAUGAGAAGUACGAGCCAUGGGAGCACAUGAAGCGUAUGGGGCGGCUCGUGGGCACUGGCUUCUACAUCCCACCGGAGUGGUACAACCACUUCCGAAUGUUUCCGCCCAUCAACCACAACUUCCAGCAGGAGAAGACCCUCAACCCCCACAACCAGAGUGAACCCACUCAGGACGACACAGAUCACCUGUCGGCGGAGCGCAUGGCACUGCGUGAUGAGCUUGCCCGCAAGAGCCGCCUUGUUGCCUCGGAGGGCAUGCGCUACUACAACAUAUUCUGGGUCCGCAAGCCGCUCGAUCGCAUGGAGCGUCAGUACUACGAACUGAAGCGCAAAGGCGUCUCCCACUCGGUUGCCAUCAAGAAGGUGUUGGAGUCUUUCUACGACGAGUUGACGGUGAAGAAGCGUGUGGCAGCCAUCCAAGCGGAGGAGGCGAAGCUGUCCGGCAAGUUUAUCUCCAUGCGAGAGGCCACCGUUAUCAUGGGGGUCCUCACGCAGCUGCAGCAGGAGCAGCUCACGCCUCACCAGGUAGCGCUGCUGGCGAAGGAGCACCGCGACACGGUAUACGACGGCGAGGCGUUUGAGGCGACGGUGGAGCGUUCAACGGCCACGGAUGGCAGCGAGGACUCUGCUGCGGCGGACAGCGCAGGCGAGGUGAUGUCGGCGGACUCGCUAGCGGAUCUGCUGUCAGCGGAGUCGGACGUAGACAGCGACGAGCCUGCAACCACCUACACGGUACAGAUCCACGACACGCGGCACGACAGCGUGAGGCAGUUGCAGGAGGCAGCCGCCGACCACACGGGCAGCGCAGAUUGGUACACGGGCGCCUCCCCAGUCGUGCAUAUGGAGGAGAAGAAGCCCGCGACACGAGGGACGGCGAGCGGCAAAGGUAAGAAGUGA